AUUCCAUGGCAUCUUCCUAAAGAGGUGUUGUAUGUUUCACACUUUCACGUGAGUAAGGAAUGUAACUCUUAGAGGUAUGUUUGGCUCCACUUAAACAAAGAGAGUGCAAAAGAAGAAUAUUAGGCUAGAGGUAAGCUAAGAAGUACGAAGCAUAUGCCAAUUACCAAACACUUCUCGUCUUCUCCAUACUUAGCGCUAGGAAAAUAAAUGGUCCAGUUUGUUCCUCACUCUCACACUCCCAGCCUGCUUGCUCCUAUUUCUCCUUUGGCCCGCAUCUUUCCAUCUUCACUCGCUCGCCGCAAAGCCUGUAUCUUUCGAUCAGUCCGACUCUUUCCCUGCGCGCGAAACAUGGCGUCAGAUGAUUCGCUCAAGGAGUUCCUGGAGACCGCAGUUGAUGCAGCUAAGAAAGCCGGAGAGGUGAUACGUAAAGGGUUCUACCAGACCAAACAAGUGGAGCAUAAAGGCUCGGUUGACUUAGUCACAGAAACUGAUAAGGCGUGUGAAGAUCUUGUUUUCAAUCUUCUCAAGGAGCGCUACCCUACUCAUAAAUUCAUUGGUGAAGAAACAACUGCUGCCUAUGGUGUUACAGAGCUGACUGACGAACCAACAUGGAUUGUGGAUCCUCUUGAUGGAACAACCAACUUCGUCCAUGGCUUUCCCUUUGUUUGCAUUUCCAUUGGCCUUACGAUUGGGAAGGUCCCCAAAGUUGGUGUUGUCUAUAACCCAAUAAUGGAGGAGCUAUUCACAGCCAUCCAUGGGCAAGGUGCUUUUCUGAAUGGGAAUCCAAUUAAAGUAUCUUCCCAACCCGAGCUUGUGACGGCUCUUCUAGCGACAGAGGUUGGAACAAAACGUGAUAAGGGAACAGUGGAUUUUACCACAAACAGAAUCAACAGCUUGCUUUAUAAGGUUCGAUCUCUGCGGAUGAGUGGCUCUUGUGCAUUGAAUCUCUGUGGAGUUGCAUGUGGACGGCUCGAUUUGUUCUACGAAACUGGAUAUGGCGGCCCAUGGGAUGUGGCAGCUGGUGUUCUCCUAGUUGAAGAAGCUGGUGGACUUAUAUUCGACCCAUCUGGUAAAGCAUUCGACAUCACAUCGCAGAGAGUUGCAGCAUCAAACUCGCUCCUAAAGGAUGUAUUCGUGGAAGCUUUGGCCCAAUCAGGGUGAGCAGACGGUGAAAUAUAUGAUCAAGGGUAGUUGGUUGGUUGGAUGGUUGGUUACUGAAGACCAUCUACUUUUCCUAAUCUUAUUUAUAAAGACCUAGUCAUGGUGAGCUCGUUGAUGUCAUCUUUAGGCUAUUUAAAAUUACGUCUAGGUCGACAAUUGACAUUUGAUAUUCGAUCUUUGCCAUUGGACUAUGGAAUU